AUGAGGCUGUCACUCCUUCCCUUACUGUCCAUUUCUUCCCUCGGUCUUGCGCGCCAUUCGAGGCGCGCGACCUUCUAUCAUGCGGAACAAGCAUCGCGCCGCGGUCUCCUAGACCUCGACUUGGACGUGUCUGCCAGCAUUGACCUCUUUGGGUCAAAUCAUGCUGAGGGCAACCCUGUCCCCACCGACACUGGCAAGACCGUCUACUACGAUGUUGUCGUCUCCGAGGGCAUCGCCAACCCCGAUGGUGGCAAGGACCGCAUGGUCUACCUCAUCAACGGCGAGUUCCCCGCCAAGACUCUUUACCUCGACCAAGGCGACGACGUUGAGAUGAACGUCUUCGCGAACACGACCGAAGGCAUCACUAUUCACUUCCACGGCAUCGACCAGCAGGGCACUCCCUGGUCCGACGGUGUCCCUGGUGUCUCCCAGAAGCUCAUUCAUCCCGGUGGAAACUUCACCUACCGCUGGAACGCCCACCAGUACGGUCUCUUCCAGGGCCACGCACACCAGAAGCAGCAGCAGGACGAUGGUCUCGUAUUCCCGAUCUUCAUCCGCCCUAAGGCGGAAGUUGAGCGCCCGUUUUCGCAACUGGCCGCGCUCGCUGGCGGGAAUGACGAGGAUGUUAACGCAAUGAUCGCCGCCGAGGCGAAUACCCAUGUCUUCACUGUCAUGGAUUGGCGUCACCGCACUUCCGAGGAGGUCAACGAGAUCUGGGAGACCGCCAACGUUGAGCCCCUCUGCGUCGACUCUGUCCUCAUCAACGGUCGCGGCUCCAUGGUCUGCCCUCCUAUGGAGGAGUUGAAGAAGAUUGGCGACGCCCGCGGCUUUGGCAACAUUACGGCGAAGGGCUGCCUGGCUGUCACCAACCCUAUCGUUAACCCGCCGGCCAAGGGCUUCGCGCAGGAUGCCGACAUGAGCGUCAUCCCCGAGGAUACCUGGAACACUUGCAACGCGACCAGCGCCGAUCGUCAGCUCUACACCCUCGAGGUUGACCCGACCAACGGCACCUGGGCCUCCUUCGGUAUCGUCAACACUGGCGGUCUCUGGGAGAUGAAGUUCUCGAUUGACGAGCACCCUCUAUACGUCUACGCUAUCGACGGCCAGUACGUCAACACGACCAGACCCUUCGACAUGGUCAGUGUCCCAUCCGGUGUCCGCUACCAGGUCUUGGUCAAGCUCGACAAGGAUGCUGGCGCUGCGUACACCAUUCGCGCCGCCGCGAACGUCGUUCCCCAGGUCAUCACCGGCUACGGCGUCCUCCAGUACUCUGGCAACUCUACGAUCAACACCUCGACCAAGAACACCUUCGUCGCUCCCGCCACGGGCUACCCCGCGCUCCCGACGUCCUCUGCCUCCAUGGACUACACCGGCGCCCCUCUCGGCCGCAACGACACUGCCAAGACCCCCGCCUCUGAGCUCGACCCCUGGGUCGACGCGCCGCCGUUCCCGGCCAAUCCGCCCCUAACUGAGGCCGACGGCAACAUUACCAUGGUCGUCCUCGGCAUGUCGCGCCCCAACUCGACGACUUGGGCUGCGAACAACACCGGUCUUCAAGGCCCAUUGUACGAGGAGGGCGACCCGCUCAUCUGGCCGUCUGUCUGGAAGCCGGCCGCCGAGGCAAUGCAGAACAACUCUGGUCCUCUCGCGGGGAGCGCGCUCAUCAACGCGAAGAGCGUUACGAUUCUGCCGAACGACACGAUCGUGGAUGUUAUUAUGACCGUUACUGGCGAGCACCCGCUGCAUCCGAUGCACAAGCACUACAACCAGUUCUGGGUCAUCGGUCAGGGCCAGGGCGAGUGGAACUACAGCAGCGUUGCAGAGGCUGCCGCCGCCAUGCCUGAGAACUUCAACUUCGUGAACCCACCCGUCCGCGACAGCUACAACACCCCCGCAUCCACCGACUUUGCAUGGCUCGCCAUUCGCUACCGUACCGUCAACCCCGGCCCCGAUCUCAUUCACUGCCAUCUCUCGCAACACGCGACGGGCGGUAUGGUCGAGGUUCUGCUUGAGGGCAUCGAGCUCGUCGACCUGCCCGAAGAAUAUGCUCAGCCACAAUCGCAGCAGCAGUAA